AUGUCUGUCUGGGUCGGAGGAUCGAUCCCCGUCAUCUUCUCCUACUUCUCAGAGUUCAUGCCCCGUGUGAGGAGAGGAGCCAUGAUCAGCGCUCUGGCCACUUUCUGGAUGGCAGGAAACCUCCUGGCUGCAGGUCUGGCCUGGAUGGUGAUUCCCAGAACCUGGGCUCACGUGUCUCUUGGAGGUCUGGACUUCCAGAGCUGGAGGCUGUUCGUGAUGCUGUGCUCCGUUCCCAGCCUCACCUCGGCCCUCGUCUUCAAGCUGGUCAUGCCGGAGAGCCCCAAGUUCCUCAUGGAGAGCGGUCAGGAAGAAGAGGCCGUCCGUGUUUUUAAACAGAUGUUUGAGAUGAACGUGAAGGGAACUGAAAAGGCUUUUCCGGAGUUCGGUUUGCGUACGAGCUCCAAGCGGAGAGGGGAGCGGGAGGACGUCAGAGCUCCGGGUUCACGGAGAGAACGCCUCAUGAUCGCUUUAAAAAAGGGCCUGGAGCCCAUCCAGCAGAUCUUCAGAGGUCCCUUCAGAGUCAGAAGUGCUGCUCUGCUCGUCGUCUUCUACUGCAUCUCCUUUGGUUACUACGGCCUGUGGAUGUGGUUUCCCGAGCUCUUCACCAGAGUGGAAGGCGGCGGCUCUCCCUGCGCCAACGUGUCCCUCCCGUCUCCCGUCCACAACCAAAGCUGUGACCCAGUGAAGACCGCAGUGUACAUGGAGGGCUUCAUCGUCGCUGCGUCCAACCUCCCAGGAAACGUCCUCACCGUCCUCAUCAUGGACAGCACCGGAGGAAAAGUGUUGCUUUCCGGCAGCCUGUUGAUGUCCAGUCUGAGCGUCUUCCUCAUCUACGUGGUUCAGACCAAAGCGCAGAGUCUGGUCCUGUCCUGCGUCUUCAGUGGAGUCUCUGUGAUCGCCUGGAACGCCCUGGACGUGGUGGGAACCGAGCUGUACCCGACCCAGCUCCGGUCCUCAGCUCUGGGUUUCUUCACCGGAGUGGGCCGAGUGGCAGCCAUCAUGGGUAACGUCGUGUUCGGGAAGCUGGUGGACACUAACUGCACCGUCCCCAUCCUGCUGGUGUCGGCCCUGCUGCUCACAGGAGGACUGGUGGCCCUGCUGCUCCCACAGACCAGACAGACGGAGCUCACGUGAUC